GUUAUGUCUCCCCAUUAUGCUGUUUUUACAAGGGAAUCGUUUGAAGAUCAGCGUAAACUCGUGGUCGGGAACUUGGAAGCUUUCUUCUCAAAUGAACCCUUACUGACUCCUGUUGUUCUGGAUGAUCCACCACAUUUCUCAGGAAAUUUGUUCUUGCUGAUAUAGCUGGUCAUGCCCUGCUGCUAAGCUGAAAUAGAUGGUUUUUUGUUGACGUUCUCAUGGUCUUUAGGCAAUCUCAUCUCAUUUAUCAUCAUCAUCACCACCAUCUCUUUCCCUCAUUUAGUAGAAACUGGUCAUAUGCUAAGAGGUUGGUCGCUCUAUUCCUCUAUAAAUUCACAUGCUCGUUCGGGUGGAUGCAGGGUGAAAAGACUAAAGUAGUUGAGGAGAGGAGACGAGGACUAAGUGCUGGUGCAUUGUCAUUAACUUUAACCCUUAUGUCUUCCAAAUUUACCGGAGCAAAUCGUGGCGUUCAUUUUAGCGACUACAGAUUGGUGAAUUGAGAUCAGAAAAAUAAAUAAAAAAAAGCCUGGCUGUCCUGUCGUGACUGCAUAUGUCUCAUGUGCGCCGGACGCUCACCAUACAUCAAGCCGACGACCACUUCCUGCCAGCAAUCUGAUGCAAAUCCCAGAGUUUCCACUCGCUUCACUCCCAAUUUCGCAGGGCUGAAACCGACGACAAUGGCACCUGAAAACCCAUCUCUUCCUUCCGAAAACGACUUGCCAUAUGUCCUGAUCCUUAAACCCCCGCCAUCUUUCGUCAUCUUUGGGGAACAUUUCUUCAACUCCACCAAAUUCCGUUUCCUGAAGGCAUACGAAUCUCCACUCCCUCUUGCCCACUUCUUGCUCGCUCACGCUCAGUCCGUACAAGCCAUUCUCUCAUCUGGUGGCGCUCCUGUCACCGCCGAUACCAUCCGCCUCAUGCCCCUCCUGCGUUUGGUCGUCACCACUAGCCAAGGCCUUAACCACAUCGACCUCUCCGAGUGCCGACGCCGUGGCAUCGUCGUCGCUAGCGCUGGAACCAUUUACUCCGCUGAUUGUGCGGAUUCCGUGGUGGCGUUGUUGAUUGACGUUUUGAGGAAGGUUUCGGCUGCGGACCGCUUUGUCAAGCAAGGGCUCUGGUCUUCCCAAGGAGAGUUCCCUCUUGGCUCUAAGCUUGGAGGUAAGCGAGUGGGAAUUGUUGGAUUAGGAAGUAUCGGAUCAGAGGUUGCUAAAAGGCUGGAGGCAUUUGGCUGCUCUAUCUCUUACAAUUCAAGAAAGAAAAAACCAUUUUUCUCAUACCCUUUUUAUCCCAACGUUCGUGAACUGGCCGCAAACUGCGAUGCCCUUAUAAUUUGCUGUGCAUUAACUGAUGAAACGCACCACCUGAUUAACAAGGAAGUGUUGUCGGCGUUGGGGAAGGAUGGAGUCAUUAUUAAUAUAGCACGUGGACCCAUCAUCGAUGAGAAGGAACUGGUGCGGUGUUUAGUUGAGGGAGAGAUCCGAGGUGCUGGUUUGGAUGUGUUUGAGCACGAGCCUGAUGUUCCCAACGAGCUUUUUGCAUUGGAUAAUGUAGUUAUGUCUCCCCAUAAUGCUGUUUUCACAUGGGAAUCUUUUGAAGAUCUGCGUAAACUCGUGGUCGGAAACUUGGAAGCUUUCUUCUCAAAUGAACCCUUAUUGACUCCAGUUGUUCUGGAUGAUCAACCACAUUUCUCAGGGUAAAAUAAAACUGGAGUAACAGAGGAGACAAGGACUAAGAGCUGCUGCAUUGUCAUUAUUAAUUAACUUUGUCCUUAUGUCUUUCAAAUUGUAAGCUUGAAAAGUAGAAAUUGUAUUGAAUUGCUGGCGGCCUUUGUUAAAAACUAGAUAGAACCUCAUUUGGGUUAAAAAUAACGAACAUGGUUUACCAUUGUUUGCAAA